UUUGCGUUUCUGCUCAUGGACGAUUGCUUCUUUCCGGUUGUGAAUCGCACGCGGACACGAUGGGUAAACCAAGAGGUCUUCGUACGGCGCGUAAGCACGUGAACCACAGACGCGAGCAGCGAUGGAAUGAUAAGGACUAUAAAAAAGCACAUUUGGGAACCAGAUGGAAGGCUAAUCCCUUUGGCGGUGCCUCUCAUGCUAAAGGCAUUGUCUUGGAAAAAGUAGGAGUAGAAGCAAAACAGCCAAACUCUGCCAUUCGCAAAUGUGUCAGGGUACAGCUGAUUAAGAAUGGAAAAAAGAUUACAGCCUUUGUGCCAAGAGACGGUUGUCUUAACAACAUCGAGGAGAACGAUGAAGUUCUAGUGGCAGGCUUUGGUCGUAAAGGCCAUGCCGUCGGUGAUAUUCCUGGAGUACGAUUUAAAGUGGUAAAGGUUGCAAACGUUUCUUUACUUGCUCUUUACAAAGAGAAAAAGGAACGACCUAGAUCUUAAAUUAUCAGCCAGAAAUGUAUUUGACAAAUAUAAAAUACAUAAGUUAAAAACUUAAA